AUGUCGAUUCCACCUUCUGAGCGAAAAGCGGCGAGUAAACGUGUCGAUGAUGCUGCUGAAAAUUUACUAUAUACGCUUUUUUCCGCUUUGGAACGUGGCCGAUUCGAUGAUAUUGUGGACGAAAGGAAGUUGUACUACCAGUUUGGGCAAAAAGCUAUUGAUAUUACCAAAUUUCGUCAUUUCCUGAUACGGCAUCAAACUUUAAUUUCAAUUCACGAAGCUACCAGACUCACUGCUAUUUCCAAUGGUACUGUCAUCCGUCUCGCUGUUGUUAAGAAUGAUUGA